GUUUAAUUAAUGAAAACUUUCAUUAUGGAUCUUUUUCCCGUUUUUGGUGGCGUGAAAAUGAUACAAAAAAAGAAAAUGGUUCUUUAUUCCCAAUCCGUAUUGGCCAAAAAACUGCUACUAUUCUUAACGAACAAAAGUUUAUUGUAACAGUAGCUGUUGGCUAUCCUUCUGCUCCUUUUUUACCUGGCUACCAAUGUUAUUGUGGUAGUAUAAUUUCAGAAAUUGUUGCUAAUCCAAGUACUGCCAUAUCAACAGUAUAUGCUAAUAUAUUCAAAAACAAAACCCGAGUAUCAGGACCCCUUGUAAUUGGAUGGACAAAUGAAAAAAUUAUUUCACAACUUUUAUUUGAUAUUAUAUUUUAUCCUUUUUUUUUUUCUUUGAAUAGUAAAAUGCAAAUUUUUGUAUUUGGAAUUGGCAUGUCAUCACAUCAAAAUCUUAGUAAAGGUGAAUCUGGGUUUAAAUCAUCACUAAUUUGUAAACAUAAUUCAAAACACACAUUAUUUGUUUCAACUAUAGAUAAUGAUUUAAACUGUCUUCUAGAAAUUUACCAAGAAUUUCAACUAAUAAAACAUAAUUCAACAACUCAACUAUAUAUUAAUCAACAUAAAGUUCCUAUCUGUACUUUUGUCAAUUGGAAUAAUUAUGAUAUUAUGAAGAAACUUUUUGAUUACCACUUAAAACGAAGAAUAAUUGCUGAUAUCUUAUGGUAUCAGUUCUUUAUUAAUUGGGUUCAAAAUGAAAAUGAAACAAUAGAGCUAGUUACUAGCUUACAAAAAAUCUACCUAACACAUUACCAGUUUAGUGAAAGAGAAUUUAGCACUUGGAAAACCUUAAUACGAGCUGUAGGUGGAUUUAAUAUUACUCUAUGGCCAUCUGACGAAUCAGAAGUAAUCAAAGAUUGA